AUGCGUUCGUCUUUCGUCUCUGGUGCCGUUUUGGCAUUUGCGAGCGCUGUUUUCGCGACAGGCCCGACACCCGGCUUCGAUCCUAUCACUUCGCCAUUUCAGGACGAGAAUGUUCCAGCGGGGAAACCGUUUGAAAUUGUCUGGGAACCGUCAAAGGACUACGCUGGAACCGUAACUAUUCAGCUCCUUCAAGGCGCUACUGUCAGCACUCUGUCCGCGGGAGACGUCAUCAAGGGUGGCAUCGAUAGUAAAGUGGGAACCUACACAUGGGACGUUCCAACUAGCCUAAAAUAUUUUGCGACCUACGGAUUCUCGAUCACGCAAGACACGAAUACUACAUGUUUCCAGUACAGCUUCCCGUUCCAUGUCACCGGUCUUUCUGGUAGCAGUAGCAGCGCCGCCGUUGACUCUGGCAAAACAAGCACUGUCACUAUGCAUCUCUCCACUGGUUCAAAUUAUGUUGCCAGCUCCACAACAAUCUCGAACAGCACUACCUCUGCUCUAACUUCCACGCGUUCCUCGAACGCCACUCUGUCAUCUACCAUCGCCAGGACCACAGCCAAAACCACAGCCACAACCACAGCCACACCCACAAAGGCCACUCAAACAUCAGCUACGAGCAGUAGUGCCACCCCUUCCCCAACGAAGAAUGCCGCUGUUGUUCAGGUCGCGACUGGCUCCUUUGCUUUGAUCGGUGGACUGGUCCUCGCACUUGCUCUGUAG